CCAGCGGCCUGGAACCAUCUGAUUCGUACGUUGUGACCACUUGUGGAACAGUAGCAAUCCGAAUCAUCCAGCAAGCAGUAAGAGUUGAACAAUUCCGCAAAGAAGGCAGUCAGCAAGUGCAAACAUGAAGUCUGCCCUGAUUCUGCUGGGACUGGCUAUGCUGGUCUCUAGCAUCCGAGCUUCGGCAGUUCCCGUCUUCGUCUGGGGCAAGCCAUCUGUUACGUAUGUUCCAGCCCUUACUCAGUAUUCGGCUUCUGAAUUCUCUGCCCUGGUUGAAUCGCAAGCGGACGACAAGACCUUCACAUUGGUAUUUGCAGAGGAACGCCUUUCCACUGAAGACUUCAGCCAAUGCAAACUGAAGACCCAGACCUGUUUCCGCAAUCUUGCUAAGGUGGAACGUAAGUCCUAUCUUCCGAAUGUGGAGGAGCCUCUGACAGCAUUCGAACGGGAAUCAGGUGAUAUCCAGAGCGUGCAGCUUUCGGCCGAUGGCUCUCUCAGCGAGCGAAUUGUUCCGAAGGGUGGUGCUGUUGUUAUUGUUAAUCUCAGCGGUGAUGAUUUUGCGUCACAUGAUGCGCUCAUCGAUAGCUUAUAUAAUCGGCUCCACGCCGAGUUUCCCAAUAUCCUAGCCAUCUACACUGGCAAGACUCCUUCCUUCCGCUAUUCAACCCUUAUCCGUCACACUCGUCAGGCUAAACAGGAUGAUGAACAGGUCCCUGUCAAGAUCCUGAAGAUUGACAACAACUUCCUGAUGGCGUACGAAAGCUUCAAGGCAGGUGCUGUUGAUGCAUUGGUUGAGGUGUCGCUUGAAACCGUCACAAAGAAUGAUGCCAACAGCAGCGAAUCUACCCUGCAGAUCGACAUCAAAGGGCCUAGUGCCUCACUUACUAUUAUGUUCGAGGCUACUUCCGGAUCUUGGGAAAUCACAGGUGUAACAUAUGACAACACACCAUACUACCUGCGCCACCGUGUCCAUCUGAACCAGCACUUCUCCUAUCGCUGCUACAGCCUACGGUACUACACCCUCGACAUGAAGAAAGAGAUUGUGCUCGAGCAGGUUCAGAUUCAACCCUUCUGGGCAUCGGAGGAUGUCACCGAGUUCAACAGAUUCGGUGAUUCGUGGGAUUGUAUUGGUUUCACCACUCCAGGAAUUCUUACCGGACUGUUCCUGGUGUUCAUCUUUAUCUUCAUCGGUGCCUAUGGCAUCACCUGGAUGAUGGAUAUCCGCACAAUGGAUCGUUUCGAUGAUCCCAAGGGUAAGACCAUUACCAUUAAUGUUGCUGAAUAAGU